AUGAGAUUAACUGCUGCACGCGUCGCGUCACGUGCAGCAGCAGCAGGAUCGAGCACAUACCAGUCGGAAGAGCCGCAGCUCCGCUGCACCAGCAGCAGCAGCAGCUGCAGCAGAAGCACCCGCAGCUACACCCGCAAAGAAAAGAGGCAAACAGCACUGAGGAGCCCUUCUUUCGAGCUGCUGCAGAAGGGGACAGCUAGAAUUCGUCAGCUGCUGCGUCGCGGUCGCAGCAACAAAGUGAACGAUGCUGCUGCUGCUGCUGCUGCUGCAAAUGCUGCUCCUGCCGAUGCUGCUCCCUCGGACAAGAGCAGCAGGAAUGCUGCUGCAGGCAGCAGGCUGGGGCUGCACCUCUUUAGGGCUUCUACAAAAGGCUCGGGCUUUGGCGCUGCAGAUGCUCAUUUAAAGGCUGCUGCUGCAGCUAGGGGAGCUGCCAGCGCUGCGCCGAAAAGGAAUAGCAGCAGCACCAACAGCAGCAGCAACAGCAACAGCAGCAGCAGUAGCAGCAGCAGCAUUGGCAGUGUGCGCAGACGCUCCCUCCCAGUAACUGUGCUAGCAUCAGCCGAGAGAGGCACAGUAUUUGCUUGGCCGCGCGUUCAGGCUGACCAGCACCAAAACACUGCUGCACUUCCUGCUGCUGCUGCUGCUGCUGCUGCUGCACCUGCUGCGCCUGCUGCUUCACCAAACAGGCAUUCGCCGCAUCAGUUUGAUGGCACAGUAACACCUCCUUGGUCUUUGCUGCAAAACCAAAUCAGCGCUGAAGCUUCUCCCUUGACAUCAGAAAGGGAAAAAGGGACCAGCGCGGGACAGAAGCAGCUGCUGCAGCGGCAACAAAAGCAGCAGCAGCAGCAGCAGUCGCAAAAGCAAAACGUGGAGCGUCGCCGAAAUGGCGAGGGCUGGGAACAGCAGCCAAGGGAGGCUGCAGCAGGACCAGGUGCUGCUGCUUCUGCAUCUCCUGCUGCUUCUGUUGGUGCCCCUUCUGCUGCUGCUGCAGCAGCAGCUGAUACGCUGCGCAGAGGCAUUCCACAAGGAAAAGAGCUGCAGGCAAUCACUCGUCUAAGGUCGCCUGAAGAAGCACUUAGGGAGCCGCUGUGGCAGCAGCAGCACGAAACAGGAUGUCAGCAGCAUCAGCGGCAGCUGCACAAACAGCAGCAGCACCAACAGCCGCAGCAGCAACUACCACGACAGCAGCAGCAAUUACAGCAACUACCCGAGCUCAGAGGAAUCUUUGUGCCUAUCCGGCUGCGGGACCCUGGCGCUCCGUCCAGCAGCUGCAGCAGCAACGGAAGCAGCAGCAACAGGAGCAGCAGCCAGGGGGAAAAAAGCCGCAAAACUGCUGCGCUGAGGCUGGAGAUUUGCAUGCGCCUUAAAGAACAGGCCUUGCUGCUGCAGCAGCUAGAAGAGAAGCGUCUGGUGACGCAGCAGUUGCUCAACGCAAACCGGCUCGCAAAGGGGCUUGGGGGUAUCGGUGGCUGCUGCAGCAACGACGGGGCAGCAAAGCCACCAGCGGCAACUGCAGCAGCAGCUAAGGCAGCAGCACGAACUUCUGCUGCUGAUCACCCGUCGGCUGGAGGCGGCCAACAGAAUGUAAGAGCGCCUGUGGGUUUGUCUUUGCCUCAAUCUCCCCAGCUACAACAAGUGCAAGAGCAGCGGCAGCAGGAGCACCAGCAGCAGCAGCUCCUGCCGCAGCAGCACCAGCAGCAGCAGCACCCGCAGCAACAGCACCCGCAGCAGAAGCACCUGCGGCAGGAACAGGAGCAGGCGUUACCCUGGGUGCUGCAGCAGCAACAAGAGAAGAAGCUGCUGCCAGAUGCUGUUCUGCUAGAAGACCAACAAGGCGAAAGAAUAAUCCAAGCAGUAGCAGCUCACGGGGCAGCCUGCAGUGUCAGUUACCCGCAGAGUGCAGACACCAUGCCAGCAGCAGCUGCAGCAGAAGCAGCAGCGAGGUCGGCAGCAGCAGCAGCAGCAGCGGCAGCAGCAAGGGCUGCUGCGGUCACAGGUGGAACAGCUGCAGCAGCUGCGCUUCCGGGCCCAAGCGGCUACGCUGUUGGCUCCCCGCUGCAGCCUUCAGUGACUCGGGAUGUCUCUGCCAGGCAUCAGCAGCAGCAGCAGCUGCUGCUGCUGCAGACUAGCAAUGAGGCAGGUCCUCUCGACGGUACAGGAAACGUUGCUGCUGCAGCAACGCCAUCAGCAGCAAAAGCGUAUGCGUUGGGCACUCCUGGAGUGCUGCCAAAAGCUGCAGCGCCAGUACAGGCUGCUGCAGCUGCAGCAGCACAAAGAGAAGAAGCAGUGCGGUAUGCCAGCGAAAGGGGAACAAGCAGCAGCAACAGCAACAUGACGAGCAGCCGCAGCAACAGCAGCAGGCGGGGAGGCCCUGGCUGCGUUUGCCGGUGCCGCUGCGGGUUCUUGAAGCAAAGGCAAGUAUUUGCCUUGCCGGGAGAGACGCUGCAGCACGCCGAGACCGCCGCUGCAGCAGCAGGCGCAGCAGGCGCAGCAGCAGCAGCAGCAGCAGCAGCAGCAGCAGCGCCUGACCCGCAACGCGAGACGGAGAUUGGAACUGUGCUGCACCCCCGGCGGGCUUUGCCCCAACCGCUUCACUCUCCAAAGCAGCAAAAGACAGCAGGGUUGCUGUGGGGGCUGCUGCAGCACGAGCUGCAGCAGAAGCUCCAGCAGGAGCAGCAGCUGCUCCUCCAAGGCCACGACAGCAAGCGGGCAACAGCAGCAGCAGCAGCAGUGCAGCAAGCCCUGCAGCUCGUAAGAAACGCUGAGCAGGCUCUGCUGGGCUCCGCAGCUUCCAACGAAGCUGGACCUCAUGCGCGCUCCAGCCAGCGCAAACUAAACGGCGGCGACUUGCACGCUUUGCUGCUUGCGCCUACUGCUGCUGCUGCUGCUGCUGCUGCACCUGAAGCGCUACAGCAGCCUGAGGCGAGCUGCUACCCUAGAGCAGGAGGCCCACAAAGAAGCCCCAGGCAAACAGUGCCCAGUACAGGCUGCAACGGCAGCAGCAGCGGGAGCAAUAGCAGCACUGAAUUUCGACACAGGCAAACAGUCAGCGCCGAUCGUGACGCUGCUGCUGCUGCUGGCGCUGCUGCUGCUGCUGCUGCUGGGGAGCUUGUGACAACACAGUGGGCCCACGCGCAGCCGCAUCAAGAGCAUGUGGAAAAGGCCCGCACGUCGGCAGCCUUCGGCGCAACGGCGGCAUUGGACAAUAGCAAUGCUGCUGCUGCUGCUACUGCUGCGGCUGCUGCUGCUGCUACGGCUGCUGCUGCUGCUGCAGCUGCUGCUUCCGGUGCCCCGUCUUGUCCUCAUCGCAAGAAAGGCCGCAGCUACGGCCCCUCCUGGGGCGCCAGUGGCGCUCUCGAAGAGCCUGCUGCACCUCAGCCUGUGCUGCAGCGGAAGCCUGGGGGUCCUGCUGGAGAGCAGGAAGCCAGCAAUGCUGUGGAGGAGGAGAGAAGGAAGCAAGGAGCUGCUGCUGCGCCCAGAGCUGGUGCUGCAGCUGCACGAAUUCUGCACGCAGAAGCAGCAGCGCCGUCUCCGCUGCGGCGACCCGUGCUUCCUCAGCAGCAGCAAAACUACCCCCGACUGCGGCUGCCCAUUAUGAAUUGUCUCAAGUCAAGUGCUGCAGCAGGAAGCGCCGAAGCAUCUGGGGCUUCUGCCUGCUCUGGGGAGUCUGGGGCCAUUGGCAUUUUCGGCCUUUCUGCUGCGCAAGAGGCAGCAGAGGCGCGCGGCGAAAUCGUCUUUCAAAGUGACCUUUCCUGCUGCACGCUGCAGCCCAGCAGCAGCAGCAGCAGAAUCGGAAGCCUGGUGGCGACUACUGUAACGGAAGUGCACUCGCCGUUUCCUCAGCAGCCGCAACAGCAGCAGCAGCAGCAAGGGCAGCAACAGCACUGGAUAGCAGACAGCCAGCAGCAACAGACUACUAAUCACUUGCGCCGAGCUAUACCUAGGGAGAACACCCCGUAUCAGCUGGAGCAGCAGCACCAGCAGCUGCAGCAGCAACAGCUGCAGCACCAGCAGCCGUACGCAAGUAAAGUCCAACGAGUGCAAAAGGACACCCGCGCCACCGCCAGACAGGUGGAGCCACCCAUGUACCAUUCCGUUCAAAGAAAUCAGCAGCGGUGUCAGGAGCAGCAGCUGCCGCAGUUGCAGAGGCAUUCGCCGCAGCCCCCGCCUCAACUGCAGCAGCAGCCUGCAAAGCAACAGCAACAGAGGCAGCAGCAACACAGGCAGCAGCAGCAAGACUCGGGGCUGUCCCAUGAAUAUCUCAGGGCCCCCGCGCCUGUGCCUCCGCUGCGGCUGGAGAAAAGGCUGCCAGCUCCCGCCAAACCAGCAGAAGUCUUUGUUGCAAACUGCAACAAAAACAAUGGAGAGCUGCGGAAAGCAAAGUUCAGUCACGAGGAGCCGUCCGGCAGCCGCCUUGCUGCAGUGGGAGGGCAGCAGCGGCAGCAGCCGCCGGUGUGGCGGCAGAAGCCGCAGCAGCAGCAAGCCCAAGACGAGCUCUGGAGGUGCUUAGACAGUAGCAGAGAGCCUCGGAAAGAAAGGCAGCAAUGGCGGCCGGAAAGCGUCUGCCGGCGGCAGCAGCAAAGGCUGGAAGGGCACUGGAGAAGCUUUUGCAGCCCUCGUGCUGCAGCACGCCCUCCACUGCAGCAAACUGUGCAAAGGCGGAGUGGCUUAGUGCCCUUCGAAAGGGCUUGGAGAAGGCGCACCGAAGAUAGAAGCUGCAGCAGCAGAAACAGCUCACGAAGCAGCAUUCACACCAGCAGCAGCAGCAGCGGAGCGAGAGCACGGGCAGAGAACUGGAGGCGACGCGCCAGGCCACCCCCACAUCCUUCUGUCUACAGAGGCAGCAAAUCCUUGCUGCUUCCACAAGGAGAUUGUGGGGCCCCGGCAGGUCAAGUGGGAGGGGCAAAUGGCGGAAGAAGAAGCAGAAAAGAUCCUGAAGACAAACGCCUCUCCUUGGCAGAGAGGGCCGCAGGGAUGGCAAGAAGAAUAGUGCGCGAAGAGUUCUUUGCCUGCGAAGAGUAA